UGGUGGUCAUCCAAUUGGCUGAUUGUGCAAGUGUUACUAUUUUUUAGGGCUGGAGGUUGGGAGGAUCAUCUUGAUGCUUCAUCAGAGUUGCAUUAUUUCAAUAUGAUCCAAAUAGAUGACUUUCCUAGUUAUGUUCUCCCUCCUUUCCUGUUAGUUUGAAUAAACUGUAAAAAUUAGUUAGAAGAUCAACGUGAGCUGCACAGGUUGGUCAAGUGGACUGUAGGCUGUUACCCGCAAGGGUGGCCGGGUUGAUUGAGCAGAAGAUCUCCCUGAUGGAGGUUCGUAGGUUCGAAAUCCCCUACAUGCUUUUUCGGUCGAGCUAGUCGCACGGGGCUUGCCAAUUGUGGAUUGCCCCUGGUUUGCGGGCUGUUACAUUGAAGCGGGUUUUACCCUAUGCACACCCAAAGGCUAGCGGCUGCGGGUCCCUUGUCAACAAAAGAGGUGACUGCAGGCUGUUAGAGUUAGUUAUAACUAGCUCUCAGAUUCUCUCCCUCCAAAUUUCCCGUCUAUAAAUAAUUGCAGUCCUUCAUUGUAAACCAUCUGGGAAUAUCAAAGAUCAAUAAAACUCUUCUCUCUCCUUUUCUUUCAGAUCUGAGCUCAUCUUCGAGUUCUUGAGUAAGCUGUUCAAGAACAAUUCUUCUCAUUUGUUCUUUAGGCAAGCUCGACUUUUUUCCAUUUUUGCCUUUAAUAUUCAGAAGCAUAUGAUUGGUGUCAGAUUAGCCAGUGAUUCUUUGACCUGUGUCAAUGUGAGAUCACAACACACAUAUGCAGGGAUUACCUAAGGAAGUAAACACCCUCAAAGGCUCAAUGGAAGGUGUAGUCAGCUCUGUUGCUGAAUUGCCCUAAACUGUUGAUGGCAAGGUCACACAUGCCGUGGAGGAAAUUAAAAGGAUGUUGCUAGGCAAUUUGAACACUGUCGCAACUCCUUCACAUGUGAAUUGGAGGAGAAUAGAGGUCCAGCAAAUGGCGAUCACAGAAAUGGGAACUAUCAGUGGCCCACCUGUGGGUACUAGGAGGAAUUUCCAAAAUUCAGUGGCCAUGGCUUUUAGGAUUAGCUAUAGAAGUAUGAGCAAUUCUUUGACGUGGAUGAAACUCCUGAAGAAUCAAAGGUGAAGUUGGCUACUUGCAAUUGGAAGGAAAGGCCCUUCAAUGGCAUCAAUCAUUCAUGAAGCAUAGGUUGACCGGGAAGUGCCUCGGUGGUGUGAAUAUGUGAGAUGCCUUUAUGCUUGAUCUGGCUCGGGAGAUUUCAAAGACCUCAGGUAGGCAACUUCUGUCCAAGAUUAUGUAGAUCUUUGCUUACUAGAGUUGAACUAUUAGAGGAUUAUGUUGUUAGUUACUUUGUGAAGGGUUUAAAACCUGAAAUUGGACUUCCUGUGAAGAUGUUAGAACCAAGGACACUAGCUAAGGCAAUCAGUUUAGCCAGAACCCAAGCACAAACCUUAAUUGUGCAGAGACAGGUGUUUCUACAAGUUCAGUAGUUCUUCCCAAACCCAAAAUUGUUCCCAGGUUUUCUUCUGCAAAUUCUUCUCUUCCACAUAAUCCCAAUCAACCCUCUAGACCUACUCAAUCCUUCUUUAAACCUCAAAAAUCUUCUCAUGGUGGUGCUAAGCCAAACUAUAAAUGCUAAACUACUGACGCCAGCUGAAAUGGAUGAGAGAAGAAGCAAAGGCUUAUGUUUCAACUGUGAUGAGAGAUACAGUUUUGGCCGUGUGUAAAAAUAAGAGGCAAUUUAUUUUAUGGAGGUGGAAGAUUGUGAUGAAGAGAUUGUCAAUUUGGAGGAAGAUGUAAUAAAUGAUAGGUCGGAGAGACGGGGACUGGAAACUGACUGUGAAGGUGCCAUUCUUCCCCAUGUGUCAGUCCAUGCUAUGAAUGGAGUUCAUGAUUUCAGGACCAUGAGGGUAGUCGUUUCAGUUAAAGGGAAAGCAGUUCAUGUCCUGAUUGAUAGUAGUUGCACUCAUAACUUCUUAGAUUUGAACAUUGCUAAGAAGUUAGGUUGUGUCCACACUACUAUCUCACCUUUUGCUCUAUCUGUGUCUGAUGGAAAGAAAAUGCACAGCAACUAUGUGCGUAGGAACUUAAUCUGGAAGAUGCAAGGUGUAUCUUUUGCUAUGACAUGUUGGUCCUGCCCAAAUUGGGAAUGCAACAUGGUCUUAGGAAUCCAAUGGUUAAUUACAUUAGUGUAUAUUAUGUGGUAUUUCAGGAAACUAAAAAUGGAAUUCAACAUCAUGGGUCAUAAGGUGUCUUUGAGAAGUAUUCAGCCUCCUGCAAUCAAUUUGAUCCAUCAGAAUGGCAUGAAUAAACUACUGGCCAAACUGACUUAUCUAUGAUAUCUGUGGGUGUUUUCAAGGAGGAGGAACAAGCAGAAACUGGUGCUAGUUUGCUUGCUUUAGAUGGUCUUGUGGACCAGGAAACUGAUGGAGAAUUGCAGCUCAUCAUACAGAAUUAGAGGGAUCUAUUUGAAGUUCCAAAGGAGUGACCUCCUCUAGAUUGCAUGAUCAUAAAUCAACUUGAAGGAAGGAACUUCCCCUAUAAAUAUCAGGCCUUAUAGAUAUGCAUGCUGCAUGUAAUGUUAGUUUGUGCUUGUCCACAGACACAAGAAGCAAUACAGGAGUGUGCAUUUGGUUGGUUCGAUCAACUAGUUUUCCGGUUUAUAAAUAGGCAAACUGAUCAUUAAUUCAGUUUGGAUAUUUUUUUCCUACUUUUUGGGUUUGUGCCAUUUUGGGCUUUUUGUUGAUUGUUUCAAAUUUCACAUUUUUUGUUUAUUUGCAGAUACUUAAUUGAGUUAUUCUUGUGAAUUAAAAUUAUCUUAUAGAAUUUAAAGAAUAAAUCUAAAAAAAAUUAAGAGAAAGUCUAAUUUUUUAAAAUAUAUAAAAAAUAUGUUCUGUUUUUCUUUUCGGCUUAAAACUGAAAACCAAACCAAAAAGGAAAUUUUUGAGAAAUGAAAACUGAUAUCAGCUAAAAUACCAUACAAACCAAACAUUAAAUUGAAAAUUUGGACUUCUUGGCUUUUCAGUUAAACUGUAAAAUGCAGGCUACUUGGCAAAUAGGGUGCUGCUAGUGGCUUGCACAUAUUCAUUGUGAUCUGUGUUUGAGUUUAUGCAGGCAUGAAACCACAAUUUAUGGUGUGUUUACUUGAGAUGUUUGGUUUUAUCAAGCAGUAAGUAAUGAUGGUACGAUUGAUUGGAUCGUAUUAAUCUAAUAAAAGUUCUCCAAUUGAGUUGAAUUUUCUGAGUUGCAUAAUCGAUAUAAAGGAUUAAAUAAGUUUUUCAUGUAAUGACACGGAACUAAUAAAAUAAAAAAAUCGUCAAUAGAGACCAAUAUGUUGAAUUUCCCAUCCGUAAAAGACAUACAACUCUUGUUUCUCUUUCUAUAUCAAUAGUUGAUCAAUCAAGUAUACCUCAAUCCUAGAUUAGUUGGAGUUUAUGGUAUGGAUCCUCCAUAUACAUUUUUCUCUAUUCAAGUCCAUCUCAUUUCAAUUGAAUAAUUUGCCUUCUAGGGAAUACUAGGGAUUCUCUAAAUCUAUACAUAUCCUACACAGAACAACUUCCUUCCAGUGUAGAUUUACCCCAUCCCCUUUUGUCGCCUUCGAUCAUCCUAUUCACACCUAUGAAUUGGUGCAUCUAAAAGUCUAUGUUUGACGUGGCCAAACCAUCUCAGGCGAAUUUCUAUUAUCUAUAGUCAAUCCAUUAACCACACCUAAAUAAAAAAUAACCUUCAAUAGUCUUUAAGAAAAUUUAUUUAAUGCCAAAAAUAUUGUUAUCAGUUUCUAGCUAGCUACAAAGAACAUCUGCCAGUCCUGUUUUUUGUUGUUAGUGCAUGAUGCUUAUAAGUAUUUGUUGUAUCUCGAAAGACAUCUGCCAGCAGUUUUACUUUUCAUUCCGACUUUCUUCUUUUUCUCUUUUGCUGGGGAGUGGGGGUGGGGUUGGUUUGCAAUAACGCUUUAGGUAGCGGCGACAAGCUUUUGUUUCCUGCAACUUAUGGAUCGCAAAAGCAAAGGUCUGUGAUAUCGGUCACCCCUCCACUAUCUUCUAUUCUUUUAGUAAUUGUCUUCCUUUAAUAUUUAAUGUAUCUCCAUCUUUUUUCCCCUCAUUAAUGGCUUGGCGUAAGUAAGGCUUCUUUGUGACAUAGAUUGUUUUGGAAAUGAAUCACUGGAUGAUUCUUCAAACUAACCAUAUGUAUCUCUACAUUUUGGAAAUGUAUCUCUAAUAGUUAAUGUAUCUCCCAUUUUUUUCCCCUCGUUAAUGGCUUGGCGUAAGUAAGGCUUCUUUAUGAUAUAGAUUGUUUUGGAAAUGAAUCACUGGAUGAUUCUUGAAACUUACCAUAUGUAUCUCUACAUUAUUCCCCUUUAGAAUGGAUGAUCUUCUUAGAUGCCAAAAGUGGUGGUGGCAGGUGAGAAGGGAGUGGUAGAGGAGGAUGGCAUCCUGGAUGGAGGCAGUUAAAGUUAACAGAUGAGUGGGUUGAAGGAGAAGCAAAAAAGAAGGGGAAAAGACAGAAAAAAAUGAAAGUUUACUCAUUUACCCUCAUAAAACCCUUUUUCUCAUAGAAGGGGAAACUUCCUCUAUUUCUAAGAGUUGGAGGGGAAACUAGCAACAAAAAUGGAAAAGUUGUAGGGGGACCUUCAACCAAUUUGAUAGUUGGAGGGCUUUGGUGUACAAGGAUUUGAAAGUGGAUCAUCGUGUGCUCUUUACUGAACAAGCUUCUUUGCAGUUUUGCCUGCUCGAUUUUUUAAUUUCUUCUGUUCCAACUUCCCAUAAGUAUCUCUUUGUUGUACUCUCAUUUUACAAUAGUCAUAUCUUAAUGCUAUCAUUAGUUUCUUGUAUUCAUCAAAGGCUUUUUGUGGACAAGCUUCAAUAACAUGGAUCGGCUACUUGUAUGGUUAAAAGUUACUUUAAGAAUGGAAGGCCAAGUCAAAACAUAGAAGGAAGUUUGGAUCACGAUGCAGAACCUGCACUUGAGGUUUCACCUUUGCGUUGGAGACCAGCGCCUCGGAAUGGUUGGUCUUGGCAUUUCAAUUCAGCUGAGCGGAGUGACUCAUUUAAGGGUAGGGUUAUCUCAGUCAAGUGGGGAGAUAAAACCAAAAGAAUUGGUAUUGAUGGCACAGCGGAAGACAUCAAGGAAGCUAUUAAAUCUGCUUUCAUGUUAAGGACAAAACGCGCAUUUUGGUUGGAAGAUGAAAAUGGUAUUGUUAGAGCAGUUGAUAGAGAUAUGCCCUUGAGGAACUACACCCUACAUGUUGAUGAAGGCUUGACAAUAAAAAUCUGCAUGUCUGAGGAGGCAGAUGCCUUGCCAGUUCAAACAGAGGAUAAAACCUUUUAUUCUGAGGAUGAUUUUCACGACUUCUUGUCCCACCGAGGUUGGACAUAUUUAAGAGAGAAAAACACGUAUCGCAGUAUUGAUAGGAUGGAUGAGCUUUGCGCUGGUGCAGUCUACCGUGGAGGCAAUUACAGUUAAGAAGUGCCUCGUCCGCUAUUGUUACUUUUAGCUCAAAGCUCAUUUUGUUGGGUGAAGCUGUAUUUUCGAAAUAGUCUCAUAUUAGGUAGUGUGCAGGAAAGAAAUUGGAGAUGUUUUGUAGGUAAAGCUACAACUGUUGCCAAUAUGCGUUUGUCUUUGGGCACUCUGGUGAAAGUUAAGAAAAUGCAAUGAAAUUUCAUUAGCCAGCA